GGUCAGAGAUUCCAUAAUCUCUAUCUGAGGGGUUUUUGACAUCUAAUUCACAGGUUUGUUAAAAAAAAAGAUAAAAGUAUCAAUUUAAAAACAACCGAAUAAAAAAUUUUCAAAUUUUGAUCAAAAGAAUCUCCCUAAAACUGGUGCCCAGUGCCCACGAAGUUGUGUAGUAACGUGGGCUCUCCAAUCCCGUUCGCAUCAUCUUUGAAUGCGCGCUCCCAUCGCUCGAACCCUUCUUCGUCCCCACGAAGCUCUCCUCCUCCGCUACCGCGAGGCGAAGCGAACGGCCCCUCUCCCCUCCUCCCUCCUCUCCGAUCUCCUCCCCACGCUCUUCAAGUCAUGCGCCCUCGCCCAGUCCCUAACCCUAGGCACCCAGCUCCACGCCGACGCCAUCAAAAUGGCUUCUUCCUCCCGCGCUUCCACCGCCAACUCCGUCAUCAGCUUCUACAUCAAGUGCGACAUGCUGGGCUCCGCAGCAGCCCUCUUCGAGCACUCGGCGAAUCGCGAUUCGGUCACCUGGAACGCCAUGAUCCACGGCUUCUUCACCGGCCACGGCGACCCCGCUUCCGGGCUCGGCUUGUUCGCGCGAGCUAGGGUUCAUGGCUUCGAACCCAAUGUGUCUACUCUGGUUCUUGCGAUCCAGGGUUGUUGGAAGCUUCAGGACCUCGAAGAGGGUCUCAAUGUGCAUGGAUUUGUUGUAAAAAUUGGAUUUUUACAUGAUCUUUCGGUUCGGAACUCGCUGCUGAGUUUGUAUGCGAAAUGUGGCGACUUGGGUUCCGCCCAGAAGAUGUUCGACGAAAUGGGUGAGAGAGAUGUCGUCUCUUGGAGCGCUCUCGUCGGCGCCUACGCGCAGAGCGAGCGAGCGGUUCGCGCCUUAGGGUUGUUUAAGGAAAUGUGCAGCGAAGGCGGAGUUGAGGUGGAUGAGCUUUCGAUGGUUAGUGUUCUUCAAGGUUGCGGCCGUGUAGGAGAGAUCAAGUACGGGAGAUCGAUUCAUGGACUUAUUGUUAGAAAGAGUUUCGAGGCCGAUCAAUUUGUGGCGAACUCCCUCGUCGAUAUGUAUUCAAAAUGCCUCGACGUUGACUCCGCUUACGCGGUGUUCGAUUUAAUGGGUGAGAGAAACCUAGUCUCGUGGAACAGUAUGCUAUCUGGAUUCGUUCACAGCGAGAGAUGUUCGGAAGCGUUAGCAUUGUUUGAUUCUGUGAAGAGGGCCGUGAUCGAAGGUGACGAGGUGACAUUAGUGACCUUGUUGCAGUUGUGUAAGAAGCUCGAGCAGGGAAUAUGGUGCAAGUGCAUUCAUGCUGUGGUUAUUCGGAAGCUAUUCUCGUCUAAUAUUCUUCUGUUGAAUUCGUUACUGGAUGCCUAUGCAAAGUGUGGCCUUAUUGAAGUUGCGUUGAAGCUGUUUGAGGAAAUGGGCGAAAGAAAUGUGAUCACUUGGAGCACUAUCGUGGCGGGGUGUGCGCACUGCGGUAAACCUUAUGAAGCGAUCGCGUUCUUUAACGAAAUGCGGCAACAAGAAGUAGAGAAGCCCAAUUCAGUAACCAUACUAAGCCUUUUGGAAUCUUGCGCGAGUUUAGCAGAGCUGAAGCUCUCAAAAUGUGCUCAUGGCGUGGCGAUCCGGAACGACUUGGCUGGCGAAUUAGCCGUGGGCACUGCGAUUGUAGACAUGUACGCAAAGUGUGGAGGCUUGGAUGUUGCAAGAAAAGUGUUUGCCGUAAUGCCGGAGAGAAACGUACUAACGUGGAACGUGAUGAUAGGGGCGCUGGGAAUGAACGGCCACGCUGAGGAAGCCCUGUUUUUCCUAAAGAAGAUGCAGCUAGAAAAAGUGGAGCCCAACGAAGUUACGAUGCUUGCGGUGUUAUCCGCUUGUGGCCAUGGAGGCCUAGUGAAGGAGGGCCUCUCUUGUUUCGAAAGGAUGGUGAUAGACCACUCUCUCGAGCCAGGGCUAGAGCAUUACUCUUGCAUUAUCGACAUGUUGGCUAGAGCAGGAGAGAUCGAGCGAGCAAUGGAAAUAACAGAGAACUUGCCUGAAGGAGUAAAAGCUGGUCCUGCGGCCUGGGGCGCCUUGUUGAGUGCCUGCAGGAGCUAUGGCAAAUGCGAGCUCGGUCGAGGGGCGGCUUCUCGUGUUCUCGAGCUCGAGCCCUCAAAUUCUGCAGGGUAUUUGCUUGCGCGGAGCAUGCUCGCGAAGGGCGGUUUUGUCGAUGAUUCUGCAAGGAUGAGAUUGCUAAUGAAGGAGAAGGGGGUAAAGGUCAUGAGUGGCUAUAGUUUGGUACAUGUUGGGGGAAAUGCUCAUAAAUUUGUUUCCUGGGAUGGAUCUCAUCCUCAAAGUGGAGAGAUUUAUUCCAUGGUGAAGCUGCUUCAUUGUUGUAUAAAAUGGAUUGAGCAAGAUGGUUGGUUAAUUACUUAAGUCAUAUUACUCUCUAUUGAUUAGAGGAAAACAUGCCACUAAUUAAACAUAA